CUCAAGCAUCCUCACGGAAACGAAAUUCUAUGCGCCGUGCACAAGCUCGCAUGAGACAACGUAUUGAAAACCUCAUUGAUGAAUGUCAUCAUAAAACCGCACUCUGGCUUGUUCGUAGCUUUGAU